ACGUACUGUUUAGAAGCGACGUCACUGCAAAGAUGGCGACUGACAGACGAAGAUGCACGGUCUUCUUUUGUAUAGUUAUUUUUCAACUAUUUAGUCAGAUUACAGCAAAAUCAAGUGUUAUAGACCUCAAUGAAGAUAACUGGUAUCAGAUGCUUGAAGGAGAAUGGAUGGUAGAAUUUUUUGCUCCAUGGUGCCCAGCAUGCAAGGCCUUGAAACCAGCCUGGGAGGAUUUUGCAAGUUGGAGCAAUGAUCUUGAGAUAUCUGUAGGCCAGGUUGAUGUGACUACUUCUCCUGGACUUUCUGGACGCUUCAUGGUAACUGCACUUCCCACCAUAUACCAUGUCAAGGACGGAGUGUUCCGACAAUACAGGGGUUCACGUGACAAGGAUGAGUUCAUGAACUUUGUGGAGGAACGUCGUUGGCAGGAAGUAGAAGAAGUUCCUGUCUGGAAAUCACCUGCCUCAUUCCAGAUGUCUGUUGUUUCUCAGUUCUUUAAGGUCAAAGUUAGGAAGUUGACAAGUUGGUUGUCAAUGGUGCUUCGUUCAGUCCACUCGGUACUAGUUGAGGACUAUGGACUUCCUACAUGGGGCUCUUAUUUGGUGUUUGCUCUUGCCACGAUCUUGGUUGGUGCUCUGCUUGGACUGAUCUUGGUGUGUAUCAUCGACUUUGUGUUCCCGCCUAAAGCACCAGGGCCAGCUCCAGUAAUCACUUCAGCUGGGCUCAAAGCAGAUGAUGAUGAGGAAGAUUUAGUUGAAGACUCAGAAGUUAAAUAUAAUGUAAAGAAAGAAAAUCUUAAGUGCGAUGUAAAGGAAGAAGUACCAAAGGAAGAAACUCAUGAAGGAGAAGGAGAAAGGAGUGAUAAUGAGGUGGAUCACAAGGAAGAAGAGGAAGAAAAAGCACUGAGUGAGAGUGAAGACAAGGAAAAGGAGGAUUCACAAGUUGAAGAAGACAAUGAUUCACAGGCUGAAGAUGAUAAAGAAUGUAAGAACUCUCCAGAAGUGAGGCGCCGGCGUCCCAGGAAAGACUAGCAGAUUUAGGUUGAUCAAUAACCUAGCUUUCUUUGAUGUUGAUAACAAUAUUAUAUGUCCAUGAAAUCCAAUUACUAAACUGUUUGGAAUAUAAAGAGUUUAGUCAUCUAGAGAACUAUUGUAGGUGAUGUGUUAUUAAUUCCAGGAUUGACAGGAAUUCAAUGGAUUUGAGAAAGGGGAUUAGUUCAUUGACACAUCUCUCCCUCACUAUUUUGUUUGCUGGAGUAUCUCUUUACAUAUACAGUAUAUUCAUGUUGAAACUUGAGUUAUUGAAGUUGUUCUGCUAUACCACUAGUUGUGAGGCAGGCAUAAUGUGUUUGCACACAAGUGCAUUGACCUCAACCUAUUGUGUCUGCUGUACAGUAUCUGGUACUGACCAAAAGUUUAGGUUGCCCUUCCAACUGUGUAAUCCAUGAUAAGAAGCAGAAAACCCACCUAAGUUGUAGAUAAAUAUUGCUUGGUUCUAAUUUUGUUCAUUGUUUAUGUACAAAAAAUUGUGCAAACACUUAAGUUUUAAUAAUAUUCCAUUAUCAGGGCUUUCAUUGAUCAAACAUGCUUCAGGCUCCUAUUUUCCUGUACAGUGUUGCAAAAAAUAUUGUUUUGAAACAUAAUAAGUAUGCUUUGUGCCAGUAAUAACUAAAUAUAUAUACAGUACACAUAUAUAUUUUAGUUACACUUGCUUUGGCAGUCACAAUAAUUACAGAAGCUUUACAGCUUAUCCAUAAAUUGUUUGAGUAAAUCUUUUAAUUUCCUCAGACAUAAGUAUCAGAAACCAUAAACUACCACCAUUACUAUGACUAUAAAUUGGCCACAGAUUGAACUGAUCUGUGUUGGGAAAACUUCAAUAAAAUUUGAUGUUUUUCUUGUUGCAACAUUAGCAUAAAUGUGAAUUAUUGAUAUUGUUGAUUCUUCACAUUUUUUGUGUGUAGUUUAAUUUUGAUUCGCAAUCAACUUAUAACAAUAGGCAAAGCCCUUGUUAACAUCUCUUUUCUGCUAACUUUGUAUCACUUAUGCAUCCAAAUUACUAAAUGCUACAAUAAGCAUUAGGUGGUGUUUGCAAGUAUAGCAGCAGAAUAUGUGUGUACAGUAAGUCCUCGCUUAACGUCGUGGUUCCGUUCCUGAAAGCCGCAACGUUAACGGAAACAACAUUAAUGGAAUCAAUUUUCCCCAUAAAAAAAUAUAUAUAAAAUACGGGAGUUACGUUCCUCAGCUUCCCUUUAACACAUAAAAUACAUUACAUAUACAUAAAUUCAAUUUAAUUUUAUAGAAAAUAGUAUAUAUUAUACAUCCAAAAAGAUAAAUAAACUAAAUCAUUUUGUAUUGUACUCACUCAUGGGCAGAGGUGGAGCAAGUGUGUGGUGGAGAGGAGGAGGAUGGCAAGUCACUGAGACCCGGAGGGUGGCACCUCCUCCCGCCUUGACUGGGUGAUGCGCCGUACAAAGUAGUCCGUGACAACGUUAUACCAAAUCGGCGGGACGUUUUCCAAAUCAUGGGUAUCUAAAGAAUAGCAACAUUAUAACGAAACAGCAUUGUUGGGGGCAACGUUAAACGAGGACUUACUUUAUUUGUCCAUGUUGAUGAAAGCACUGAUGUUCAAUCAUGUGGUGCUAUGCAGGCACUAUGUAUGUUGGUGUUUGGUUGGAUUCAUGAAAUUUUUAAUGUAAGGAUGGUAUGCACAAUAUUACUUCUCAGAAUGGUCUUUAGUUCAAGUCUUGGGAUAUCAUUGAAUGUAUUGUACACAUUUUAUAUAUCAUAUUCCUAACCAUAUGGAUUAUUCAGGAUAAUUUAGACACUGUAUAUAUAUAUUUGCUUGACCAUCUUUUUACAAGUGUUUUAAGUUUUGGAUUUUACUGUCCUUGGUUCUGCAAUAUUUUUACAGAACUGCUUUUGUGGUGGCUCACACAAUAUUCAUCUUCAAUAGUAUACUGUAUGAAGAAUAUUUGAGAACUGGGAGUACAUAGGAUCAUUACUAUCCACUUGUUUAUCAUUUUAAGUAUCUUUUUCAUUUAUUUCCUCUCUCUCUCUCUCUCUUCAUUUCUCUCUUUUCCUCUCUCAUGAAGUUAUCAGACUGUAAGUAGUGUAAUUGUUAUCCCUUUGUACCAGUUAUGUGCAAAUAAGACCUUGGGAUGAUUUCUUACCUUAUUAUUUUUUUAGGAUAUGCAAUUUAUUUUUAUUUGUUUAUUAUUAUUAUUCAUACUAGUGCCUGCUGACUGAUGGAAGUACUGUACAGUAGUUGUUUGUUUCCAACUCAGGCAUAGAAAUGGAGAUAUUUCAUUGUACCUAGUUUAGGCCAAAUUUUCCUACGGUAUAUUCCAUUAGUUCGCAUUUUACCUCCUUUAUAUAGUUGAUUCUGUGAUAUUACCAGCAAGUCAAACUACAGAUUAUUAAUGUAUGAGAUGGUGUGUGUUUUUGCUCAUGUUGACAAAAUGAUUCUACGGGAUAAGAUUUGACCUCAGACAGUAGUUUGACGUUUGUUUAUUAUAAUCAAGUACUUAUUGCAUCAGUCCCUUGAUGCAUAAAAUUAUAAUGUCCACCAGAUUAUAUAAAAUGCAGGGUAGGAUUUUAGGUAUCUGCAUUACUGUUGAUCUGAUUUCAGUCAGCUAUAUAAAGAAAUAUACAAGAUACAAGCAUCAUUGAUAUACCAUUACCAAAUUUAAGUUUGGCCUAUUAGUACCAAAUGUUUAUAAACAUGAAUAGUGUGUAUCGCACAUGCACACAACAUGGUCUCGAGUGUGGUAUAGUGGAUACUCGUCUCUCGGACUGGGUUUAAGCAGUGUUCAAUGUGGUUAGUACUUUGAUGGGUGAUAACCCAGGGAAACUACUCUAGCUUAUGCUGCUUGACAACACAGCUGGGUCCACCAUGGUAUUUCACAGACCACUUCUUCAAGCAGUAGGGAAGGACUCAAUUCAGGUUUGGAAUUAAAAUGGCUUUAAAAUUAUUUACGGACAUAUUUGUGUGUGUACCUUUGUGUAGUAUUCACCUAAAUACAGUUCAUACCUGGAUAACUGAUAUAAAAGUGUCUAGGUUUUAUUAAUCAGUUGAGACUGCAAAAUUUAUUUUGUCUUGGUUGAUUAAGUAGUUUGUGUUACUCUUACAUUUUUGUUUUUCUUUGUUCACAUAUUAGGUACUUGAACAGGCAAGUAAGGUGUUCUGUGAUUGUAAGAAUCACCAUGUAAACGGUGCGAUAAUUCAAUGUACAGUAUCUGUGAAUUGUACAUUUGCAUCACAUACUGUACAUCGUCAACUAAUGUGAUAUUAUAGUUGGAAGGCAUCAGUUGAAUUUAUUUUAAAUAGAUACUUUUACCCCAUUAUGUUGUGUACAUAGUAUUUUGCAUGAGUGGCAUUCUGGGAGAGAUUUAAUUAGUUGGGGUUUAGUAUGAUAGAAUUUCAUUUCCUGCACACUUGCUCACUGAUGUAGACAGUGUUGCAUUCCUACCAAAAAUGCUCUACUCACUUCGUGGAAGCUUUUAUCAAAACAUACAGACUAACUAAUAUAUAUAUAUAUAUAUAUAUAUAUAUAUAUAUAUAUAUAUAUAUAUAUAUAUAUAUAUAUAUAUAUAUAUAUAUAUAUAUAUAUAUAUAUAUAUAUAUAUAUAUAUAUAUAUAUAUAUAUAUAUAUAUAUAUAUAUAUAUAUAUAUAUAUAUAUAUAUAUAUAUAUAUAUAUAUAUAUAUAUAUAUAAUUUUUUGUCCCUACAUUUCUCUUUUACUGUAUGCCCUUAGAAUUUUUUGUAUUUAAUGAAAAGAUCAUCCCCGAUUAUCAAGUUUAUCACCACAUCUUACACAUAUCUUGCGUGUUCCUCUGUUAAAUAGAACAAGAUUGUAAUGAAAUGGAAAAUGUAUCGGUAUUUAUUAACCCUUUCACUCUUGGAAGUGAACAAAAUUUGUCUGAGCUGUAAUGCAAUAACAUUUACAUUGUUGACCUCUUAGUUAAUCCGUGGCUUAAAACUGGGGUUACCGAGUUAUUUUAUAGUAGCCCAUAUAUAGGCUCCACCCACCUAUUGUCUUGUCCCUGCAUCUCAUAUCUGGGAAUUAAGUUCUCCCUUUUUAUCUUUGUGAGCAUGUGCGUAUUAAUUUCUUUAUAAUUUUGUGGCUUUUCAUGUCCUGGCAGAAUAAGUUAAUGACAACAGUGAUGAGAAAUAUGUGCCUAAUAUUGGUGACUGACAGUAAUGAUUAUAAGUUACCAAUGGUAAUAUAUAUAAAAUUUAUGAUUUACCAACCUUAAGUUUUCUUUUCUGUCAUGCAAUAGACCUUAAAGUAUAUUAGAAGAAUAUUUAAUUCUCAUUAUUUGGUGUAAGACCAUGUAUUUCUUUAGUACUUAAUCUCCCCAUUAACUGGAAUCCCUGGUCCCUGGAACUUUUCAAUAGCUGUAAUUGAGUUUGAAAAAUUCCAUACGAAAACUCUUCGUUCUGGCCCUGAGAAUGAUUUCCAAGGAUGAAAUCAUGCACAUUUCUUGGAGAAAAAUAAAGAAAUCUCACUAAACCUCUCUAUUCUGGACAUGGGAACAAAUUUUCCGAGAGUUCCGAGAGAUUGCAUCAUGCUCCGACGCCCCCACGUGCAGGGCACUUGGGUAACUUGUGCGUUUAGUUCAUAUUUUGCUGCCAUUGUACAAGUUUGUUCCCUCACUAGCUGCUGUUUUUGCAUACAAUUUGUGUUGUGCAGUACUGUACAUUAUUGUACCAGGACACAAUUGGCCAAAAAUAGUGUUAAAGCAGUGUUGAGACAUAAAAAGUGAUUACAGUUACAUACACUGUACUAGACAUACAGCAGAGUGGGGAGUGUAUGCUUACUGUGAGCUAGUGUUUAGGUGUAUGUAUAGUGUACAGUGAAUGUACAGUAUCUCAGAAAAGUAUCUGCCAGGAAGGGUCAGAUGACUUCCGAAAUGCAACAUGCAAAUCAUGAUUAUCCUGGGAGGGUUUGUAUGCAUGGCUCUGUGGCAUAUUGAUCCUAUUACUUUUAGUAACCGAACAUCAUAUUAAUUGCACUGAAAUAAAUACACAUUGCAUUACAUAUGUUAAACUACAGAGCAGAAAUGUGCAAAUAUCAAUAUCUAUCAUCUGUGGUCUCAAUGUUUCACAGUGUGGACAGAUACUGUACAAUCCCUCCUUCAUGGAAGGAGAGGAGAGUGAACAGAAACAAAAAGGCAGAUCAUCCUGUGUCAUCAUAUCACCAUUUGGUCUACCUGCAUCAUAUGACAAACUCAAGUCAACAGCAUCUGCUGGUGAGUACAGUAUGCAGUAUUUUGUUUAUUUAUACUGUAUACAGUAGUAUAUUUUGUUUAUUUACAAUAUAUUAUGUGUACUGUACAGUGAUAUUUACUUAGAUAAAUGCAGCUCUGUUUGUCCGUGUGAGAUGCAUAGCUUAGACUCUCGGAAAACUCCCAGUACCCAAAAAAUUCCAGGGAUGAGAAAUUUGUCUAAAUACCCAUAAAUGUCUCAUUCCUGGAAGACCUUUGUCACAAUUAUUAUGGUUAACAUGGAUAUCAAGCUGGUCAUUCAUGAAGUUAAGGCCCUGGAUUUGUCUGGGGAAUACCAACCCACAAAUUGUGGAAAGAUUCAUGUACCGUAGUACAUGUAACAGUACACUACGGGUAUUUAAUUUUUUUAUUAUUCAGAUUUUGAUUAAUAUGUGCAAUUCAGUUCGGUGUCAAUGAAAAGGAGCAUUAGUUUCUUUUUGCCUCGUGUAAUGGCUCAAGCUCAGAGUUGUCAGUAAUAUCUUUAAAAACAAUCAUGGAUCUCAGCAGAUUAGACUUGGUUCCUGCCUUAGUGGGUUCAUGAGACUGUUUUCCUUAAUAGCUAGGAGUUUUAAUAAUUAUAGAAAGAGAGAUGGUGAAGUUUAUGCUUGCCAAAUUUUUGUCUUUCAUUGGUAUUUCAUUAUUAUAUAUUCACUCUAUUGACAUUUAUAUGCCAGAGUUACCAUAGUGACUACAUAAAAUAAUUAAACAUUGGAAUAACAAAGGUGGUCUGCUACCCAUAUUCAUCAGUGGGUUCUUUGGCUGUAACAUUUUAUUUAUAUUUUUUUAUCUAACAAGACUGCCAGGAACAGGUAAACAAAAGAAAUAGAUAGUUACAAGCUACCGCUAUGUUUCUGGGGGAAGAAAGAUUGCUUUGCUCUACCAUCCGGAAGACAGUCUUCCAUCGGAGAAGUCAACGAUAAACGAAAACUGGAAUUUUGCUUUUAACCGGUUAAUAAAUAUGUUUUGGGAAAGAAAUGACAGUACAGUACAGUAAUUGUAAAUAAGCAUUUUACAGUCGGUUCCUACAAAUAUGAGUUUGUUUCUCUUUCAUGGAGGAGAUUAUUUGCUGAGUUUUCAUUCCAAGUUAAUUACCAGUACUGCAUGAUCAACUAAGAUCUUUAACUGGAGAUGAUUGGAUUCUUCUAAUGUAAGUGUUUUGUCUUCUGUAGAGAAGAAAUCAACAACAUGUACAGUUGCAGACAGAUGAGUGGAGGUCACCUAGUCCACCAUCACAGUGGUGGGGUACUCGCUGCAAAUGAUAACAGUUACGUGUAAGCUAUCGGAGAGUUCCGGGUUUGAGGGAUUCCGGCUAACGAAGAUAUUAAUGUAUCCAUAAACUUUUCCUUUUUUCUAACUUUUAAGUCAUUUCCUGUAAAGUGUUUAACCCCCAGGCACCAGUUAAGGAAUACAUGUGCAGUCAACAAGAAGAAAAUCUUCACCUGGACCGAUGAGUUUCAAAAUGAACACUAUGACUCCUGUUGUUUUGGUAGAGUUGAUUUAUAUGAUUGUGAGAUACAUUUCUUAAUGGUUAUGAUUUAUCUUCAGUCUAGUGCUUCUUUUUUAUUUCAAGAAAUUAGAUAGGAUGAAAUAUAUUAACUCCAAAAAACAAAGACAGUAGAAUUUACAACGUUGUUUUACUCACAUUAAAAAUUAUUUCCACCGUAGGAGCCGAGUUGCCAUGUGGAAUACAAUACGUAUUAUGAAAGGGAAUAGCUAAUGGUGGAUCCUUACCAACAUAAUACUGUUGUUAACAUUGUUUUCAACAUUGUUGAAAAGAAAGGUGAAAUAAUCACAUAAUCCACACCAGUCAUAUUUCUGUUGGUGGCAAUGCUUCCAACAUUAAUGCUGCAAACAUUUUUGUGUAAUAUUCACAAUACAGGUAUUAUUGAUAACAUAGUUCCCAACAACACAUAACCAACAUUGUUGUAUUUAUGUGGAUCCACCUAAAUUAAGAGACCGGGCUGGUGGCGUCCAUGCCUUGGAGGCUAAAUACAGUGUCGUUGAAGCAGGGAGCCCUACACUACAUAUUGAUGGAAAUCAAAUGUGUCUAAAUAUUGUUUCCCUUUCAUAUAAAAAAUUACCUAACUAACCAUGACACUCUAGCUAUGAGAAUGGCAUCUUUGCAUUUUACUUAUUUACCUUGUAUGAACCUUUCUGUCCACUCCCUAAAUUGUUUAUUUUAAUUCAUUUAUUUUCGUAUACAUACGUACAGUAAUAGCAUGCGAUCGUAAUCAUCCUGAAACUUCUACUGCCUAUUGCUUUCAUAAUUCACCGAUAUUAUAACCUUAUUUUCCAUCUUAUAACGUGAUUAACAGUAAGAAUUACCCUGGUAGAUUAAAGUUACUAUGUUGAAAUAAAGAUAACCAACCACUAAAAUGUGUUUUUAACAAUGACAAUUAGCUUAACAAUGUUCUUAAGCUAUGCUUUCAGUUGUAAAUUAAAUUUGUAUUUGUCAUCGUCAUUCAUUUACUCAUUAAAUUGAAUUUUUUUUUGCUCAAAACACAAUGGGAUAUCUUUAUUACAGCAAAUGGCAGGAAUAGAGUAACUAGCAACUCCACAUAUUGUUGUUGUUGUCAUAACAGGAAAAUGGCACUACCAAUAUAUGCCAAGACUCAAGAUCUUCACCCCUGGGUCUGAUGACCUUCCAAAUGAUCAACGUUACUGAGGUCGUGUUCAUUUCACAGGGUUAGUACUUAUUUCUGAUUGUGUAACAAAUAUGAUAUAUCCUGUAUAUCACUUCCAGUUAAAAUAUAGAAAUUAACAGUCAUACAUAGAAGAGAUUAACAAAAAAGAAACACUAUUAUAUUAUUACUGUAUAUACUAUGCCGUAUACCCACAUAAGAAAUGUCUUCCACCAUAGGAAAAAAAGAUUACACAGAAAAGGAAUUUCACCUAUUAUAAGUUGAAGCGAGGUUCCUGUUGCUCCUCAGUAUUAUAACUUAUAUUUGAUUUAAAAUACUGUAACAUUAUUGGGUGAAAUAUAAAACCUUAUCCAAGAGGAAAAAAAUAUAAAUUACUAUGUUUUGUAAGCCAUACACACUAUUUCACAUCUGGAGACAAAUUGCUGUCAAGAAUCAAAUCCACUAUGAAACCUCUUUACUAUACCAUAUGUUAAGAAAUUGGGUUAAUUGGAAUUAACUGUAAGUCAUAAUCACAAAAUAAAUACAUUGACUGUUGAUUAACACA